AUGCAGAUGUCGGUCUUUGACUGUCAACAAAAACGCCUGGGUUCCUCAUCACCAGGCUACUCACCAACAUUGGCCGAUACCCAGCGGAUCAACGGGAAAGGCCUACUAUUCCAAGUCGACCGCCCUGGUGCCUUUGGAGGAGAUAAGGAGUCAUCUCCAGAAUAUCCGGGACGACAAGACGUCACCCAGCUCUGGAGUUGCGAUCCCAAGAGUAUCAAGAUCCUCGGCAUUGACUUGGGCCAAGCAUUUGUCGUUGGAGCAAGUGCGAUUCUACCCACUCGCGAGCAGCUAAAUGUCGAACAAGGACAAGAGUUUGGUAUUACUACCAUGGCGUCGUUGCUGUCGAGUGUUGAGGCAGAGGAAGAUGAAGAGGCCCUGCGCCUGCUCUUCGAUGCCGGUGCAUAUAAGUGCUUGUAG